GGUGGGAGGAGCUCCAUCACAAAGAUCUUCCAGAGCAGCAGCUCCGACUACACAGUGCAAGUAUGGCCGGGGACAGUGAGACACAUCUAAGGGACCGCGACGAGAACACCAACAUUGUUCGACAACCCUUUCUCAUCGGUGUCUCCGGUGGCACCGCCAGCGGCAAGUCGUCUGUAUGUGAGAAGAUCAUGGAGCUGCUGGGGCAGAACAAGAUUGACCACCACCAGCGGCAGGUGGCGAUCCUCAGCCAGGACAGCUUCUACAAGGUGCUAACUCCAGAGCAGAAGGCCAAGGCAACCAAGGGCCAGUUCAAUUUUGAUCACCCAGAUGCCUUUGACAAUGAGCUGAUCAUGCAAACACUCCGACAGAUCCUGCAGGGGAAGACUGUCCAGAUCCCAGUAUAUGACUUUGUCACUCAUUCCAGGAAAGACGAGUUUGUCACGGUGUAUCCGGCUGACGUGGUCCUGUUUGAGGGAAUCCUCAUGUUCUACUCGCAGGAAAUCAGAGACCUGUUCCAGAUGAAGCUGUUUGUUGACACAGAUCCAGACACACGGCUCUCACGCCGAGUUCUAAGAGACAUCAGUGAGCGUGGUAGAGAGCUGGAGCAAGUGCUGGCUCAGUACAUCACUUUUGUAAAACCGGCCUUUGAGGAGUUCUGUUUACCAACGAAGAAGUAUGCAGAUGUGAUUAUUCCACGAGGAGCAGAUAACCUUGUGGCCAUCAACUUGAUAGUACAGCACAUCCAAGACAUUCUGAACGGUGGACUAAGCAAGCGCCACAACGGCUGCAUGAAUGGCCACAGCACUCCACGUCAGCGACGGACCUCCGAGUCCAGCAGCCGGCCUCAUUGACCUCAUCACACCUCUCUUCACAGAGCGGAGAGGGGUGUGGGGGUCGCGCUGUAAAUAAUGCCUGAUGGCAUCUAUGUAUUUAAAAGAGAAAAGAGAUGCAAAAAGAAUUGAAAUGCCUUUAUUAUUAUGACUCGUUAUUAGUUCUUUCAUUGUAAUUGUUGAACUUAGAUUUUGGUCAGGAGGGUAUAAGAGAAGCUCUUGUUGUUCUUGUGAAGAGACCAUGGGUUAAAAUUGACCCCAUGCAUUUCCCUCCCAGAUUGCAUUUAUGUUUUUUAUGUAUCCCCUGCUGCUCCAUGGAAAUUCAUGCCGCUAAUGAAUAAAAGAGGGGAAUCCUUUUACUUUUUUUGUAAUGUCUGAUAAAACUUGAACCCCUAAUGGCUGGGGGAGUCUGAUAAAUGUUCGUUUGGGUUCCAAAUGAGAAGGGCGUGGAUUAGACGACGCGUUGAAGAAACCAGGAUUGCACUCUGUAUUUGUACUGACAAUCUUGGAAGUGUUCCUUUUCUCUUUUUUUCCAGUGUUUAAGUUCCCUCAUUGUAUUGUGUGGUCUAAUGUGUUACACUAGACAUCUGUUUACUACACAGUGUGCACCACAUUGAUUCUGAAUAAUGUCUGUAGCAGUAACACUACAUGAUUUUUCAGUACUGAUUGUCACAUGCAGAAUAAUGUGACUACCAGACCAAGGAAGCCAAAGGCUGGAAGGUUCAACUGACUACUGUAUUAACUCUGUCUAGUGUUGUGGGUAUUGUUAGAUUUUUGGGUUGCAUGUACCCUCUUAAUUAAUGACCUGUUGAUGUAUGAUUGUCCCCAUCAAAACUCAUGUUUUCUUAAAGAACAUGAAUUAAAUCAUACGGUUAUUCAAUUUACUUCCCUAAUUUAGAUGAGUUUGCCCACAUUCACUUGACAGUAUCAGCCCUGUUAGAUAAAGACAUGACAUGUAUAACUCUCAGGUUGAUAAUAAUAGCGUUUUGAUUUGAAUUUCCGCAUUAAAAGGUGUUUAAAGGAUGUUCAAUGCCACAGCAAUAUCCAUUUCCCCAGGUGAGUGGCUAUUGACCACUGAGACCUACCACAAUGCCUCUGCAAAGUUACCUCAGGUCAAACUGUACAGUAAGUAUUCACACUAGAAAGCAGUUUCCAUUCUAACUUAAGGUUACAAUAAAACAAACUUAAAUCAAUUUUAUAUUUCAUGUGCUGUAUUUGUUGUGUAUAGUACAACUGGAUGAAUGGUUUGUACAGUAUGUUUGUUGAAUAGGAAUUGGGUUAUUGAAUGAUUUAUAGAUGAAUGACGUCAAUUGAUUGAUGGUCAAUAAACGGAUGAAGCCGA